GUUCACGAACGACACAUCACUAGUACGUCAACGUUAGCGCUUUACUUUGAGCGGACGCUGUGGUCCGUUUAUAUCUCUUGGUAUUUUAAGCUGCGUCAGGAUGACUGAGAACGACGUGGACAACGAGCUGUUGGACUAUGAGGAGGACGAGGUGGAGGCCGCGGGGGUCGGAGAUGUUGGAGGUGCAGGCGGCAUGUCGAUAAGGAAGGAGGGAGUGAAGGGUUCAUACGUGUCCAUUCACUCCUCUGGAUUCAGGGACUUCCUGCUGAAACCUGAACUGCUCAGAGCCAUAGUGGACUGUGGGUUCGAGCAUCCGUCUGAGGUUCAGCAUGAAUGCAUCCCUCAGGCGAUCCUCGGUAUGGAUGUGCUCUGUCAGGCCAAGUCCGGCAUGGGGAAGACUGCAGUGUUUGUUCUGGCAACCCUGCAGCAGCUGGAGCCCGUCACCGGACAGGUUUCUGUCCUGGUCAUGUGUCACACCAGAGAGCUGGCUUUUCAAAUCAGCAAGGAGUAUGAGAGAUUCUCGAAAUACAUGCCCACUGUCAAGGUGGCAGUGUUCUUCGGAGGGCUGUCUAUAAAGAAAGACGAGGAGGUGCUGAAGAAGGACUGUCCUCACAUUGUGGUUGGAACACCGGGAAGGAUCCUGGCGCUGACCCGCAACAAGACACUCAACCUGCGUCACAUCAAACAUUUCAUCCUCGACGAGUGCGACAAGAUGCUCGAGCAGCUCGACAUGCGCAGAGACGUCCAGGAGAUAUUCCGCAUGACUCCUCACGAGAAGCAGGUCAUGAUGUUCAGCGCCACCCUGAGCAAAGAGAUCCGACCGGUCUGCAGAAAGUUCAUGCAAGAUCCGAUGGAAAUCUUUGUGGACGACGAGACCAAGCUGACUCUGCACGGGCUGCAGCAGUACUACGUCAAGCUGAAGGACAAUGAGAAAAACAGAAAGCUCUUUGACCUCUUGGACGCACUAGAGUUCAAUCAGGUGGUGAUCUUUGUCAAGUCUGUCCAGCGGUGCGUAGCUCUGGCUCAGCUGCUGGUGGAGCAAAACUUCCCAGCGAUCGCCAUCCAUCGAGGAAUGCCUCAGGAGGAACGUUUGUCUCGCUACCAGCAGUUCAAAGACUUCCAGAGGAGAAUCCUGGUGGCCACCAAUCUGUUCGGACGAGGGAUGGACAUCGAGAGAGUCAACAUCGCCUUUAACUACGACAUGCCCGAAGACUCCGACACUUACCUACACAGGGUUGCCCGGGCGGGCAGGUUUGGCACGAAAGGUCUGGCUAUCACGUUCGUGUCCGACGAAGGCGACGCCCGCACGCUCAACGACGUCCAGGACCGCUUCGAGGUGAACAUCAGCGAGCUGCCCGACGAGAUCGACAUCUCCUCCUACAUUGAACCAGCGCGAUAGACGAGCCGGACGCUCCCCUCGGGGGCUCGCAGUCACUUUGUAUUUGAAGUUUCACUCUGAUGGUAGAUGCAGACUGUCUUUAUAUAAACCCUGGCAUGUCAGACAGCAGAUAUAACCCUGUGACGUUUGCUCUUUGAAAGAUUGAAAGCAAUACAGCCGUAGUACAGCUCCCUCUGCAGAGGAGAAAGCAGGACAGAAUUUGUUUAAUAAUGUUUGUUUUAUUUAAAUUUCUAACGUCAGUAUUUGUUAAUGGAUAUUUAAUUUUGAUAUUGAGUUGUUUUAUGGAGGAUUGCUGGUUUUCUAGAUGUGAUAAGUUGUUAACAGAACACUGUUCACUGCUGUGUGAAGUAAUAAAUCUGUUUUUUUUGCCUGGU